GUAGGGCUGUUGCUCUGGGGCCGGAUUAGAAGGGAAUCCAGUGAGCCGGCUUGUGACAAGCCUUAGCGCGUCCCCCGUGAGCCGGCCCCGCCUGCCUGGCCCUUUAAAAGCCACUUGGCUCAGCCGGCAGGGCUCAGACACGGCUCUGGCAGCACCAUGAAGGCAGGUGGUCUCCUCCUCCUCCUCCUCCUCUCCGUGGCCCUGCUGGCCCUGGGGGGCCAUUGCAUGCCCUCUUUGGACGCCAAGGAAGCAGAAGGCAAGGACAGCAAGGACGGCUACUGCUACAACGUGCCGCCCGUGGCGAACAUCUUCGAAGAGAGGAACUGUAGCGCCUGCCUGCAAAACAAGUCCUGCUCCACCUGUGACAAUGACUCCCAGUGCCCGGGCACCCAGAAGUGCUGCCCAGGGGACUGUGGCUACGUCUGCCAGGAAGCCGUCAUUGACUUUUGCCGCCUGCCCUCGGUCUGCGGAAACUGCAAGGCGAUGUUUGCUCGCUACUUCUACAACGCCUCCACCCAGAAAUGCGAGCAGUUCGUCUAUGGCGGCUGCGGUGGGAACAAGAACAAUUUUGACACGGUAGACGACUGCAUCCGAACCUGCGGGAAGUCCCGGACGGCCUAGACUGAGAAAGCCAUCGGGGCAGACCUGUCCCCUCGCUGCGAGACCUGACUCCGUCCUCCUCUCAGCAGCUGCACCUUCCUUCCUGGCCUGGUGGAGAAGGGGCUCAGAGACCCCUGACAUCUUUGACUCUGUUUUGGAAAAUGAGAGGAGCAAGGGAUCCUGGGUGGGUGCUCUGCCUGCUCUCCAGCCUGCCAGCUCCUUGAUCGUGGGUUCCUGGGAACACCCUACCCUCUGCAAUGCAUCCAACAUGUU